CGAUAGGGUUAUUGGCCGUUACAUCAGUAUGCGACUUAAUCUCGGCGUAAAGCCGAGGUUGGCUUAAUAAGAGAGGUUUACAAGUAUAUAUGUCGGCCUUUCUUUCGGUCUUAUUCUUCACCAGUCCACCACCACAUCCCCAAUACAAUACACCACUUUUCUUUCGGGUUUUAAGUCUGUCCAACCAUGUUUACUUUCAUCCAUUCACCCGCUUCUUCUCCAACCCUCUCUGCUUCAAGCGGAAAACCCGAUUACCCUACGCACGGUUUACCGCUCUUGGAUGGCUAUCCCUCCUUUUCACCUUUUCAAGGGACAUCUGAAGCCUCGUCAUCCUAUCAGGCCCAGUUUGUUCCUGAAACCUGGAUCCCAGAAACACCUUCUUCAGCCCAACCUGAGCAGCACAGGACCGAUUACAAAUUACCACCCCAUGUGCUCGAGCACUUGGACAAUACCCAACUUUCAGACGAACCUGAAUUAUACUCCGAUCAUACCAGAUCGUCUCAGUUACUCAUCCAUCAGAUGGAAGUGAAGGUCCAAGGGGUUCGUGAAGAGAGGAGGGAGCAGGACAGCAAGAUGAAGGCUCAGGAACAGCUGAUCGAAAAACUGAAGGAGAUGGUUUAUGAGCUGAAGGAUAAUAUGGAGGGACAAGAAAAAAAGCUGAAGGCCCAAGAAAGGAAGCUGAAGGGACAUGAAUACCGUAUUGGAAAGAGAUAUUAUACUCGAAGUGGGAAAAAGUGAAAGACCUUUGGAGGAGGAUUGGUAAAGAUGAGAUUUAUAUAUUAAAAAGUGAGGCAAGGCUAAAGGAUGGUAAAUUUAAAUUUCAUUAUUGGUUAAAUAACAAAGUAGAGUAGGUUGAAUACUCUAACCAGACAAUCCAUAUGUAAACUUCCAUUAAAACAACCAUUACUCCGGCUCCGCU